ACGACAUGCCAUCGAGUCCUGCUGCCGCCGAAAACACGAGCGCGGACGUCGACGACGGCAACCAAGCGAAUCCGCUCAACGAUGGAAUCUUGGAUGAAAGGCCGUCUUCCUGGACUACCCGUCUGCUGACUCGUGUGAAGAGCGUGGUCUUGUCGCCCUACGGCGGUGACAACACACCGAUUGUCGAUGUAAUUGCAAGGCUCAGCCAGUACAAAGCUGCGCUGUUGGCGACGUUAGUCGAACACACCGUGCGAAAACAACAGUACGCUAUAGAUCUAUUGCGCGCCGAGAAAGAGAGGGCUAUUCGCGUUCGCAAGCUCGCGUGUCACGGCACAUCUCGUCAAGUCGUCGAGCAACAUCGGUUUCUUUACAAUCUCAUGAUCCAAGACCUGCGCCUCGCCAUCAGCGUGGAAGAGUGUGUAGUACAAAUCCUGAACACUCGCUGCGGCGAAUGUGAUGCUUUAACGGAGUUGGCGUCUUCGUCACAUUCGACUGACGACGUUGCCGACGACUUGUUCUUCUUACCUCCAAACGAGCUCAUCGCAGCACAUCCCGAGUACGUAAUGCUUCACUCACGGCAACGGCACAUGGACUCUGUCCUCGCUAUCGCCAAGGACGCAAUACAACGGUCGCCAGCUCCGCUGUUGGCUCCGUCACUCACGCCUUCGUCCGGCAACGCCUUGCUGGAUCAACUGCGCGAAAUGGCCGACACUUAUCCUGCGAUUGAUUCCCAUCCUUACGAAGCUCUGCCGCUACAAAGUUUCGCAUCUCCAGACGAACACGCUGCGUUCUCGCGCCACCUUGAAGCCUUUCGCCGCGCGUUGUCGACGACUCAAUCGUCCACGGGGAGGCUGCUCCAUCGGUGGCGUGCCAAGCUCCGCCAAGACAUUGAGCGCAUCGUCGUCCAAGAAACGUCACCGUCUGCGUUACCCUCUGUAUCAAAUAUGUCUGCAUGCCCUUCGCUCAUUCCGCCGUCCUGUAUCUUUCAACCCAAGGAAGCUCUGUCGUCUCCAAGCUCCGCAGUCGUGGCUAUCGACACAACUCGCUUGCCGGCUCCCCGUGCAAUUGCCGCGUUUGAGUCGGUUUUGGUCCGCCGCGUCGCCCUCGACAUCAUGGUCGAAACAAUGGACAGCGAUGAAAGCCAGCGUCUCCGACAGAUCCUGCGCAUCGCUGUGCAUCACGCCGUGUUUGCGACCAUCGAACCGCUCGUGUCAGCCUACGAAAACACAGCAAUGUAUGCUCACUUCUGCCACAUGCAUCUUCUAGACGAGUGCGAUCGACCGAUGCUGCCGCCGUUGCUCAGCAACUGCUCCAAGUCGAACGACGAACACUCGACCGUCGAACGCAUCCCACGAACUCUUGAGGCUCUUACGUGCAUGUGUGCCGAAACUACUCCCCUUGGCAUCCUCUCCAUGAUGAUGGUGGCGAUUCGCAGUCUCCAUGACGAAGUAGCGCCGUGCAUCCCAACCGUCAACGCAGAUGUUCUUAUUCCACUGCUGCUGCAUGUCCUGUGGAUGCAACUCGAUGUCCUCCCCACAAUCUACCGCCGACUCCAUGCAGCCGCAACGUUUUCAUCGGCCUACGUUCACGAUGGUGCCGAAGUCGUGUACUACCUCACUUGCAUCCAAGCCGCUCUGUCGCACAUUUACGCGUCGACCGUGGGGACGUGCCGUCGUUGCAGCUCUUCUCAAGAAGGCACGAUCAUGUGGAGAGACCUCGGGGCGACCGACGACACAACUGGCACCAACCAAGACGUGGCUGCCCGUAGUGACAAGGAAGCAAUCGCAGCGCUUUCGGCAUGGCUCAAGCAGCACACAGUGUCGGACAGCACGAUCUCAAUCGUGUCGAACGAGUCGUGGAUGCUUUGACGCACGACAGAAAAUGCCGCAUGUCGGCGCGACGACAACAACAAACCACCGCCAACGCGAUGGUCGACCCAAGUCAAACGGUCGUCCACGCCGUUCGUUCCGUGUGUCCCACGAGCGCGCAUCCAGGCAAUGCGUGCCAGCCUCGCACGCAGGUGCCGGCGCAUUGUUGGGAUCGUUCCAAAAUAUCCUGGAAUAACGUUGCGAGUAUUUCGAAUCCGAAUAUUCGAAAAAAGC